CAGAAUUACGAAACGGAAACAAGGUCGGCUAUUUCGGUUCGUCUACAAGCUUCUUUGCUACAGUUGCGAAUUCGAUAAAGGCUGGAAAACUGAAAGAAUUAGUACAAGGAAAGAAACGUCAAAUGCUACCGGUGAUCACCUCCCCUAAACACCCUGUGAGCGGCCUUCCGAAGCCACAACUACUUCCAGGCGGAAAAGGAGCGGAAGUGCACGACUCAAUACAAAAGGAACUCUGCUCUGCCAUUGAUAUAUUGGCUAUAGAGGGACGAGGUGAUUCGUCGGUCUCAGCCAAGGUACAACCAACUCGAGAUAGAUCCGUGAACAUAAACAAUGGGGACCAUGCAACGAGUGAAGAAACAAAUGAUGGGAACGAUUUUCUAUCCAUGACCUUUAAUUUGGGCAUUCAGAAGAAAACAACUUGUUUCAGACAACCCACCGAUGUUCGCGCAAUACGGAACCAGGAAACACAUUUGACCGCCGAGGAGAGUCGUUCAACACUAGAUCAGCAAUGUCGUCUGCUCAAACCUCUGGCCGGGUACGCUGGAUACACCAAUGAGUGGAAGGAGCUGGCAUUAAUCAUAUCCAGGGAGAUUUUUCUACAGAAUCCAAAUGUACGAUGGGAUGAUAUCAUUGGAUUGAACUCCGCAAAACGGUUGGUUAAGGAGGCCGUGGUUUAUCCAAUAAAGUACCCGCAACUGUUCGCUGGAAUUCUAUCCCCUUGGAAGGGCCUACUGCUUUACGGACCUCCAGGGACAGGUAAAACAUUAUUGGCCAAGGCAGUGGCCACCGAGUGCAAUACAACAUUUUUCAAUAUUUCCGCCUCCUCUAUAGUUAGUAAAUGGAGAGGUGAUUCAGAAAAACUGGUUCGAGUUUUAUUCGAACUCGCCAGGUUCCACGCCCCAUCCACGAUUUUUCUUGACGAGUUGGAUUCACUAAUGUCCCAAAGGGGAUCUAUUGCUGGGUGUGGUACAACAAGCGGAUCCAGUGGUCUUCCAGUUGGGGGUAAUGAGCAUGAAGGCUCGCGACGUAUGAAAACCGAACUACUCAUGCAAAUGGACGGUUUGGCAAAAUCAGACGAUCUUGUAUUUUUACUAGCAGCGUCAAACUUACCAUGGGAAUUAGAUCACGCUAUGUUACGGCGAUUGGAGAAACGAAUUCUCGUGGAUCUUCCUAAUAAACAGGCGCGCAGGCGAAUGUUUGAAACGUUUCUUCCACCUGUCCCUUCCUCGAAUACACCAGGCUUUAUCCAACUUGUCUGCCACAUUGAUUACGAUCAGGCAGCUGAACUAACGGAGGGUUAUUCGGGUUCUGAUAUACGUCUUGUAUGCAAGGAGGCUGCGAUGAGCGUAGUUCGGAAAAUAUUCGAUAUCCUCGAGAGCAACACAGACAAAUGUAAGUUGACAAAGAAAUGCUCAAAUGAAGACGCUGAAUGAAACCUUCAAUGCAAUCGGAGCAAAUAACUGAAAGUAAUCUGCAUUCGAUUUCGGUUAUAGGAGCCGCUGUUGUCAUCUAGCUUAGUUAUCCCGUUAAAAGAAGUAUGAAUUAGAAAGCGAGUUGUACAGCCUUAGCCGUGUUUUUCUUCCAUCAUUCUUAAAACAGCCUUCGAUUGGUCCUUACGGAUUCUAUCAUUGUGAACCUAAAAGCAAUAAAAAGUUUGUAAUACGUAGUAAGUUGGUCUUUCAGUCCUAGCAUGCAUGAUUCCGCUUUGUGCAGCUAUGUUGACCAUCUCUGGUUACAUGAGUUUGUGUAUGUCAGCUGUGACGCUGAAAAAAUUACCGAUUGGGGAAAAAAGCUAUGUCCCCCAUCCAUGCGAAAAACCAGCCGACUGUUGAAACGAACUGCACAAACACGUCCCUCCUCAAAAGUAACGCGUUUCUUCCCACCUGUUGUUGCAUACUUAUAUCUCCUCCAUUCUCCCACAACCACUGCAUGCCGUCCCACAUGCUCCUUACAGCGUUCUUCUUACAAACGUGUACAUCAUAUGUUUAAUUUUUCUUAUCGCAGUGGACAUGUUUAGGAUGUAUGCGUCAGGGGGUAUAUUAACUGCACUUUGUAACCACCAACAUGGUGGAGUCUAUUCCACUUAAUCAAAUGCACAAAUAAGCAGUUAAAUCAGUGAUUGCUGUCACCGGAUUCACAGCAGUUUUAAUGAAGAUACAUGCAGUGAGCGAGUGCUGUCCUCAGAAUUUGUAGCAGUUCUCAAUCUAUGGAAAGGGCUGAAACUUCAUUAUCAUAUAUGUUCCGAUUAUUACAGCGAUACAUAAUUUACUUGCUUUUAUGCAACGCUUCACACGUGUCCUAUUUAUUAAAGCCCAGCUUCAGAAACACAUCAGAUUGGACCCCAUCACGACUGAAGAUGUGGAAGCUGCUAUCCGUUCGACCAUGCCAUCGGCUCGACAGCUAGUUGAAAAAUACCAGGAGUGGCAACGCAGCUAUGGUUCAUCAUGAUGUCGUACGCAACGCCCAGUUAUCCCGACUGACAUAUAUUUUGCUCUGUACUUAACCUUUUUCGUGGUGUAUUUAUCACCUUCAGAUGAGAAGAUACGAGGAAAACAGCAUAUGUGCAUCUUUACUUGACUUUAUCUCAGCUUCAACAAAAGCUUUUUAAUUGUCCUCCUUUAGCGUCCAAAAAUCACUCCCUUUUCCUGCGGUUCGGCCUCGAAUACUUUUCUGGGGAACGCCGAGAAGUUCAUGUCGUGUACGUCGAAAUCAUUUGAGAUUAAAACGUGGCUGUUGUCUGG